CGCCAAGUUACGUUCCUCUGGUUGAACCGCCCAGCGUGUUACUUGAUCGUCAAGAUGACCGUACAAGAAGAUUGGAUAGGAGCGACUCCUCUGAAAGCGCCCAUUAUGCCAGCAUUAUACCCUCUCUUGGCGUAUAUCUGUAUUUCAUCGGGUCUUCUUAUCAGUGGUAUUUUUGCUGUGCAAAGCAAGAACACCUCAUUAGCGAAGCAACUUCAAACGUCACUGUUGGCAUCGAUGUUUCUUGGCUUUGGAGCUAUUUUCACCUCCAUAUCCGUCGGUAUCUAUGUUUAAAGCGCAAUGAAUGCUCUUUUUUUUUUCUCCCAACAGCAUUCGACCGUCAACCAACCGAAAUUCUUGAAGAGGGACACAAAAGCUAGAUGAUAAACAACGAAGCAUAUGGUGUCUCUGUGUUGGUUGCAAGCUUUGGGCAAGUAACUUGAUGGAACCAUACAAAUGAGGGACUGUACACCCAUGGUCUUUUUUAUGACAUAAAACCUGUUUUUCUUUGGAUCUCUUAUGAGCAGA